AUGGGGCAGAUCCUCGUCGGGGGAGACAGCAGCCCCACCGACAGUACCCAACGUCCGGAGAACGCACUCGACGCUCUGCUAGACGAACUCCAAACCUUCUCCAAACCUCACCCAGUUGCUCAAUCCCAAGACUCCUCCAGUUCCGAGGCGCCCUCACUGCCCGCAAAGGGCACCCGGCCUCCCCAAAUCGCAGACAUCGGUCGAAAGGGCAGCAUGGACUCUGCGUCUCUCCUCACCAGCCACAACCUAUCAGUCAGCACCUCCACCGGCAGCUUGAGAAGGCUGCAUUCGUAUCCCAGCGGUUCCGACACCGACAACAGUCCUCCUAUCCAGCCCCUGCAAAGGGACUGCAAGACUACUGCCAAGCCGCCUUUGCCAGAGAGGAACCAAGAACUGUUGAGCCAAGUGGUCGGGAAGAGAGUACCGCCCCCUCCUCCCCCGAGAACCAGCUCGAAGUCUCCCUUAGCCUCGCCGACGUCUCCCAACUUACCACGCAAGUCUCCAGCGGCUGGCUUACAACAUAUCCAGAACGUGCAGAAUAUGAUAGAAAAGCCCUUGUCACAGUUCGAGCAAGCUACCCAGAACCUAGGCCUUCAAACUUUGCGCAGGAAUAUCCCCAAUAGAUCUAGCAUCAAAGACCCCACCAAGUCUCAAACCCUUCCGAGAAAUAUAGGCUCUAACCUACAACUACCAGAACCAGCUGAAGUUAUUUCUGCCAGCAACAGCAGCAGUUGCGAGAGCGUCAAUUCCCAGGACGGCUCGAAGAAAACUAGGAAGGAAGAACUGGAGCACAGGCACCAAGAGCUGCUAAAGAAGCAAAAGGCUCUGCAAGAGCAGUAUGCUAGGCUGCAACAGUUACAGCGAGGUAACAACACUUUGGCGGUGAUUCCUCCGCCGCCUGACCAGUUGCUGAAGAAAACUGGAAGCGAAUCUAAUCUCUUGCAGAAGAUGGGCCUCCAGCUUAGUACCUCACAGAUGACUGGGUCCCUAACGAAUCUGCCCAAUACCACGAAAAUCGCUUUAACGAACACCAAUUCGAACCCCAUCGAUUCUUCCAGCUUGUCGAAUAACAUAGAUGAGCAGAAUAAGAAUAACACUGCUAAUAAUACUCAGACCAAUAAGGUGUAUGAGACAGACAUACUGUGA